AUGGCCAAGACAGCAACGUCCCAACUCCUCCGUCCUCUCCGCCCCCUCCGCAGCAAAGCAAUCACUCCUACAUUCCGCCACGACCCCGGAAUUCUUCCUCAAGGGACUUAUUUGGUCCGUAAACCCACCGGUCGUGGGCCUCCGCUUCCCCGCGAUCGCACCCAUGAAGCCACCACUCCCAUCGACUAUGGCCAACAAAUCUACAUGUACUCCCACAUCCACACAAAUCAAGUCGUCUACUCCCUCACUCGCCAACUAAACAACACAAAGGCCAUGGACCAAAUACCAUUUCUCGGCAAAAAGUCGAAACCUGCAAGUCUACGAAAAGAUGUGUGGUUGCCAUAUUGUUUUGCCUCUUUCCCGUCAGCGCCGGCAGGGCUGGAAGCUUAUAGAAAGUUACUGGAGUACAAGCGGUUGCAUGAGACGGAGUAUGAUGUGGAAGACAUACGGUAUCAGAAAGGGAAACUAAGGGGACAAUUGAUGGGGAGGAAGGCCAGGGCAAAGGUGCUGAUGGAUCAAAAAGCAAACUCGGUAGCAGAUUUAGCGGAGGUAUUGCUACAACAGGGUGAUGGGCCUGUGGAAAGAAGGGUAGAGGCUGCGAAUAGGAGGAUCGAGAGUGUAAAGAAGUUGAAGAAGCUCAAGGGCGAGGGCAAUGUGAAAGCGAAACCCAUGGAUAUAGGGAAGGAGCUGCAGGGGACCGAGGGAAUCGUUGUGAGGUGGGCGGAUCUGAGAGACGCCGAAUUUGCGGAGGUGUGGCCGGCGCCAGUGACUCAUGAGGGAUUGCAAAGGGGUAGGUAUACCGCAGCUUUCCCAACACCGAGUUCGGAGACGAAAGGAUUGACCGCCUGA